AUUGAAAGAACCAAAAAUAACACAUAAAAAUAUAUAUACAUCUUAUUAGGAAUCCUGAAUUUGAUACUAUAUAAGGGGGAUUGGUUCCAUUUAAACUUGAGAAAUAUAAUUAUUUAACUAGGAUGAAUCCACUAAUGAGAUAUUAUAGUGAAUCAGAUUGUGAAGCUAUAGAUAAUUCUAAUUGUUUGUCAUUUAGUGGAAUAAUAGAUGAAAACAGUCAAUAGAAUAGGUAAACAAUAUUAUAAUAACUUUAGACCAUAAUAGAUUGAUGAUUAAUUUGAAUAGAUAAGUUUACCUAAUUCUGUAUUAUAUUCAACAUAAUGUUCUUCUUUGGGGGAAAAGAAAAAGAAAAGUGAUAUUGGAGACAUUUAAGAUGAUCUAAAAUGUUCUGAAAUAGACAAUAGUGAUUCAGAGUAUUUUUAACCUCAAAUUAAAUGUCAAUGUAGUAAAUCAUAAUGUCAGUAAAGUUAUUGUGAAUGUUUUGCAAGAGGAUAGACUUGUAGUAAACAUUGUGGAUGUUAAAACUGUUAGAAUUAAUAAAUGAAUAAGAAAUUGCAAAAAAUUAAGAAGAGAUUAAUUAAAUAAAAAAGAAAUAAAUAAAGAACACCAAGAUAUCUAAAAGGAUGUACUUGUGGAAAAUCUUAAUGUUAGAACAAUUUUUGUAGUUGUCAUCAAGAUGGUAAGUAUUGCAAUUCUGGAUGUAAAUGUAUUAAUUGUAAAAAUAUUUACAAUUUUUCGUUAAAAUUAUUCUAAUCAAUUGAAUCUGUUCAAUCAGAAUUAAAUUAAUCAAAAAAUAUUGUAUAAUUCAUCAUUGGAUAUGAAAAUAGUGAAAAAUUUCAAAUGUUCAAUACAUACUUAAAAUAACAAAAUAUUUGA